UCUCGUAUGCACAUGUAUUUUGGUAGCCCCUCAGCUACGGAAAUGACAAUGGAUCUGCUCUUUGAUGUCCCAUCUGUGGUGGCCCGGUCGCAGUGUUGGCGGCUGCUGUUGGCAGUCUGGCUGUUGGCCAGUGUGUCGGCGUCCAGUCCGAUGCAGUGCAAGUGCUGGAACGAAAAAGCCCACACGUACCGCUGCGUUGGCUGCUCACGCCUGCCACUGAACUUACCGACGGGCGUGUCCCGCCUCAGAAUGGCCGGAAACCGCGUCUCUAACAUCCACUUCGUCUCGUCCAGACUGGCCGACCUCAAGUCCAUCUACCUGAACAACAACAGGAUCACGUCUCUCUACACUUCGGACCUCUGUCCCCUGAAGAGUGUGAUGGUGCUGGAUCUAUCAGCCAACAACCUGGAAUCUUUUGAUGAAGAUAGCAUCGCUUGCAACGACCAACUGAAUAAGCUGGUCCUGGACGAUAAUCCACAAAUCCAGCUGGUUGCCCUCCGCAGCCAGUCGCUGGAACACCUCUCCCUGCGGAACUGUGGGCUCACCAGUUUCGACCCACAACUGCUGAGGCGUCUUCGGAAGCUGCGUGGGUUGGAUCUACGCGGCAAUGACGCUCUGCCUUGUGGUCAAGUUACCCAGGACCUCCACAAAUACUGGCCGCGUCUCAGAGUAUACUGCGACGUUCAAACAAGUGCCACAAAAAAUACCAGCACCGGCGCCACCACCACUACCACCACUGCUAGCAAUGCAGGCCUUCCACCACACUCACAAGAUGAUAUCGUUCAAAAGAUCCAGUUAGUUGCCCCCAUUCCAAUAGUACCUCUCGUUGUAAUACUGGCGGUUGUAUUAGCAGCUGUCCUCUUCAGUUUAUGUAAGAGGUCUGGCCAUGACUUUCGGCCAGGCGUCGAGUCUGGAGACGGAAAGCUGCUCGAAGAACCAUGUUGAAAGCUGUCGACCUGUUCGACAUUCGAGCUACCUCCCCUAAGAAUGCCUUUGUGGUCCUGAUCGGCCAUAGAGACGAGUUGUCCUCUCCUCGCACUCGAUCAUCCAGUGUCACCUCGAACGCAGUGGCGCACGCGCUACAGGAGAGUACACUGUGCUGGAAGGGAGAGCCAGUGCAGUUUCCUGUGCUCUCAGUCCGGCUCCCGGGUACCGCCGGGUGGGGUUUUCCGUGGUUUUACUCACCAGCAAGUACAUCAGAACGCACUUCACCCAGUCCACGGACGUCCUCUCCCACAUGUCGCUCCGAACACCGAGCAAACGAAGUGCGGACCACGCGGUAUCCGUUCCAACAUGCUCCAAAAACUCCUCCUCCAACUCCUACUCCUUUUCAAGGCCCUGAAGUCUCGGUCGGUCUGACCACAUCAGCUCGGUUGAGAUCUCGUAUGUCCCGGUGCGAAGGUCUGCUCAGUUAUAUGGCCAACGAGAUCUCGGUCAUAGUGGAAAUAUUGUCAAGGGUGGGUGAGGGGACAGGCAGACCUGCAUCGCACUCGGUGCUCAGUCUGUAGACAUGACGCGUCGCGGUAUGCGUGUAGUGCAUGCCGAUCCUUGCACCGUGGUGGAAGAGAAAUGUCGUGUCAACACCAGCCGCGACUGUCUCGCCUUCAGCUGGCACCCCUUGACAGGGUACACUUUCAGAAACCGCUAGUUAUGUCCUAUACAGUCCUGAACCAUUCCCUGGCCUGCAGUGCUGUGGUGGUGCACAAGUAUCCAAAUCGUAGCUGAGGGGCUAACCGGCCGACCAUCUGCCAUCAACUGAAAUGUGCAUCGAGGGAUUCCUGACUAAUCCGAAGACCGCUUGCCGCUGCGGCUCCAACAACUAAGGCGAAUAAGAGUAUCCAGUGUGUAGACUAGCGUGUCGUGGUGCACGCAGAACCUUGCACCGUGGUGGAAGCGCAAAUCCGUGUCAACACAACCACGACUGUCUCGCCUACAGCUGGCUACACUUCUCAAGACCGGGUCUUCAGCAACAGUUCACCAGUGGACUGUCGAUCCAUGGUCUCUCUCCGGCCGCGGUCUUCGCAGCGCGUGCGUUACUGCAAAUAAACAAAAAAUUCAAAAAAA